UUCCAAAUUAACCAGCUCGUAUAUCCCAUAAUCAUCAUUACUAGUUUUGUAGUAUAUGCCAUUUUACAUAUCGAAAUCAGUAUAUAUAGAAACAAGUAUAUGUUUGGUGUAAGACAUAACAUUGCAUAUACAUAUUUGAUACUUUGUUUCUGAUCAAACUCACAAAAUUUUCACGAGAGGUGCGUGAGCUAAUUAAUAUUGUUUGGAAUCAUACUACGGCUGUAAAACAAAAAGUUGAAGAAGACAAACAAAAAUCACGUUAAUAUUAUAUUUGAAAUAUUGUAAUCAUUAUUAGACGAAAUAUACAAUAUAAAUAUAUAUUUAUUUGUAUGAUCAUCACUCAUCAAGCUUGAAAUCAUUUUCACUCAUCUUUCUUCCCCGCGCCGAGUAUCUUCUCUUACCCCCACAUUUGCUUUAUCUCUCUCUCUCUCUCUCUCUCUGAGAAUGUCGUCGACAACAAUCGGCGAACACAUCAGACUCCGACGAGCUAGGCACCAAACCAUCCGCCACAGCGCCGCCGACGACGAUCCGCCGCUGACCCACGUCGUCCCUCCUAUCUCCCAGCCCACUCGCUUCUGUAACUCCGCAAUGUCCUCCUUCCUUCUCCUCCCCACAAAGAAGAAACAGCUCGGCUUCCCUCAAGCUGCGUCCUUUCGUGGGAUGAACUGCACCGCCGCAGCAGCAGCUCACGAGGUUUCUGUUCCCUCCGCGAUUCGCUCCUCCGCAGAUUGGGACAAGAAGAAGAAGAAGAGGAACAAGAAGAAGAAGAAGAAGAAGAAAGGAAGCUAUGAAGAUGGUUCGGUUCGGUUCUUAAGCGAGGCUAGAGACGUCGAUGGCAGCGGCGGCUGCGUCGCGGUUCCGGAUGUUUGGUGCGGUCCGGGACUAGGGUUCUCGACGGAUGCAGUGUCGGUGGAUCCUCCGAGAAGGAAUCUCCCGUCGUCGCGUCGCAAAAUUGACGUGGACAAGAACAGUUCGAACCAAACAGAGGUAAAGGGCUCUUCUGUUCUUACCAGGCGGUUUACCAAUCAAGAAUCUCAUUCUCACGCUUUCAUGGGCUCUGAUUCGACGUUUAUGACAUCCUCUCACGUUGAACCAACCUUGCUCUCGAGUAGGUACCAUGGCCAUCUUCGGCGCCCUUACCCUGAUGAUCUUACCGAGAUGAUGAUGCUCAGGAAUGGUUUUGUAAUGGGAAGGACAACAGAUUCGCUUGAUCACUUCCACAGCUUGAGGCUUGACGUUGAUAAUAUGUCAUACGAGCAACUACUAGAGCUUGGUGAUAGGAUUGGUUAUGUGAAUACUGGACUAAAAGAGAGCGAGAUACGUCGUUGUCUUCGGAAAAUCAAUCCAUCCGUAUCAAACACUCUUGCUGAUAGAAAAUGCAGCAUCUGUCAGGAUGAAUAUGAGAGAGAGUGUCAGGUUGGGAAAUUGGAAUGUGGACACAGCUUCCAUGUCCAGUGCGUGAAGCAGUGGCUAUCGAGGAAGAAUGCUUGUCCUGUCUGUAAGAAGACAGCAUACGUCAAGCCUUAAGAGUGAGUUGUGUGUCUUGUUUAGUUUAUGAUAUCCUAUGUCUCUUGCAGUUGCUGUAUAGAACCAAAUCAUCUUAUUCUUUAUUUCAUGCGUGUUGUUUUGUGAUUUAGCAGUCAGUUAUGCGAGUUUCUUCAUCUUGUUUUGCUUUGUUGGGGUUUAUAUGAUUGAAAUACUAUUUUAUAGCACUUGUGAGAACAAGAGUUUGUGAUUGUGACAAGGAUUCUGCAGCUUAUAAUUU